UGAAGAGAACAGAACAUUAAGCCUCCUAACUUUGAAGAGAUUCUUUAUCUACUGAGUGAUUUGCAAGAUGAAUAGCGCCCUAAUCCUUCUGGUGGCCGUUGGUCUUUCCUGCUUGAUGGCAGUCCAAGCAACCUCAUUCGGCGUUCUAGCCGGCCUAGGAGCCUUGACGAGCGCUAUAAGCAAACGGAGAUAUCACGGUGCAAGCCAUGGACGCGGCCAUGGCCAUGGAUAUAGAGCUCCUAAAAGGAAGUACCGUCUCCGCUACCGCCGCUCCGUCGCAGCAGCUGAUGAGGAAGAUGACGACCUGAUUUUGUCUGCUGUUGGACAGCUGGAUGCCGACACCUGCAUCCCGAAGAUGUUUUGCAUCCUGCAGGCGAAGGAUGAAUCCGAUCGCACACUGAAAGAGAACAUGCUUGUGGAAAUCUUAAGCGAUAAUAUCAUGAACCCAAACUCCUACAACGCUGCCUUCGUCUACGCUAGAGUCGUCGCCACUGAGGAGAAAGACUCCUCUGUCUGCAAGAAGGUUUUCCCCAAAUGUUCACUUGGUGAGGAGGAACUGAGCGAGCUCUUGGAUCUAGCAUGGGGCUGUGACUGCAGCUCUGGAGGGAAAGAGUAAAGCUUGCAGCUAAAACUCAUUGUCGCAUCUGUUGGCAUCUUCCUAUGGCUAGAGCCACA